UCUCGCAUUUGUUCGCGAUCGCCUUGUCGGCUUCUCUGACGAUGGCUGUGGUCACAAAAUGGAACGCUUGGAGGCCCCUCUGGACCUCGUCGCUGGUGUAUUGGAGGCGGUACAGCUCCGAGCUUGGCACGUUUGGGUUGCCGACAGGUGCAUGUCUCUCGUUGUUGCCGAUCAAUUGGCCGUCCAGUCCUACACUCUUGUCCGCUUGAAUGAGCGAUUUUCUCCACGAGUCAUACGCAUGGCCGCGACUCUCCCUUUCGAGACGCGGGGCAUUGACUGUUACUCUCUUCAUGUGGCUAAUCCUGUAGCCGUCGAGGAAUUCUCCAUUUCCUCGAAUCACGGGUAUCUCACCUGGGGGAUUCAACCCCCUCGCUUCCCCGUAGUCCGGUCCUAUGCCCGGGCCCACUCCGGCUGGUCCAACAGGGUUCGCUCCCGAUCUGCUGGCCCAUCCGCCUUCCAGCAGCUGCCGUGGUCCUUGCCCACUAUCUCUCGCGUGCUGCUGGAGAAAUCCCCCGCUUCCGCCGUGCGGCUGCAGGGGCUCUUGGCUUUCGGGAGCAGCAACCCAGCCGCCCCUACUACUGACUGCAUCCGCCACGACGCUGCCAGGCUCCUCCUUCUUCACCGACUCCUACACCAGGGCCGCCAAAUGCGAAAUUUGCAUUUGCAAACUUGCAAGCUUCGCAUCGCGGCCCUCCUGCACCGGCGGGCGGAUCUGUUCUCCGCUCGCAGCAGCGCGCUCUUCGUCUCCAGCAGAGCUCAUCCCAAUGUGGCUUCCCUCGAGGGGCAAAAAACAACUCUAGAGUGUUUGCAGCCUACGCCACUUAUUUAUCGGGUGAGACUGUUUUGGUGAUGUAUUAACUUCACGAGAGGUC